AUGGCCACCCGCACCCUCUACGAUUGGCAGCCAACUAUUGUGAACAGCAGUGAAGAACUCGUUCACGCAAAGCCACCAGUAACAGUUCAUCUACUCGAUCAUGAUCCCGCACGACAUCAACAGGCAUGCAACCGAGUAAGAGAAGAAGCAUGGAGAACGGCUGUUCAUAUGUUGGAUGUCGUACUCACACGAGCUGCUGCACGUACAGAGGCUGUCACUGCUAUUACUACACCACCAUUUGAUGAAUCCUUCUCAUUAUUAAUGCCGUUGAUUUCAUUUAUAUCUUCUUCUUCAAAAAGAAUGACAUCAUCAUCAUCGUCUUCAAGUUCAUUACAUUCCCCACCAGUUUAUAUUCAAAAUCAUGGGUACUCGGCGGAUGCCACUUGUAGGAGUGUACGAACACUUGUGGAAUUAGGUAAAGCGUCCGAUCUUUUUGAUAAACUUCAAGAAUGCCUUAAAAGAUAUGUAGAUCAUAUUAUACAAAUAGUGGCUUCUGCUUCUGAUUCUAUUUCCGUUAGUACUAGUGAUGAUUCUACGGAUGUAAAGAGGGAAUUAAUUACCUUUUUACAUCUUGCUCAUGCCUGGGGUCAUUAUCGUCUCACUGUAUUAGAAUUACAGGAAGUUUGGGUAUUUCUUGAUCGUUGGUAUAUUCACAGAGCACGUGCUGUUCGUUCUAUUGAAGGACUUGCAAUUGAACUUCUGAAAGAGGCGAUAUUACAACAUCCAUGGUUAUUACAACGAGCUCAAGUGGGAUAUUUGGAGUAUUUACGUCAAGACUUUGUACAUACAAGUGAGACUCGCCGUGAAAUGUGUCUCUUCACAAAUCUCUGUCUCUGUAUUCAAGUUUACUUUUUACGUUUAGAACCAGAGAUUAUAAAUGUGGCUUCUCAAUUCUACACUUCUGUUGUUCAUCACAUGUGGGAAGAGAAUAUUACCGCCACUGUCUUUUACCCGCAGGUGGAACGUUAUUUAGCGGAGGAACGAGAACGUGUACAGGCGGGUUGUAUUGCGGAGGCCUCUCUUCCACGAUUAGAGGAAGCCGCACAGACUUCAUUGCUUGUGGAACACGGUGUGGGUUUCCUUGAACGGGAUUUUGCCCAACUUGUGCAGACAUCCAACUACACAUGUUUUUCACUUGCAUGGAAACUACUCGCGAUGGGGAAAUAUGUACGGCUUGGAAAACAGUGUGGGGCGGUAUUUCGACAAUAUAUGUUAAGAGAAGGUGCUGCAAUUAUGCGGCAACUCACAUCAACAUCAACAACAACAAUACGUCGAGUAGAGGGAGAAGAGUAUAAUGCUGUGAAGUCUAUGAUUGCUCUUAUGUGCCGUGGAGAGUGUGUGAUUGAAAAGGGAUUUGCAGAGGACUCGGUGUUUUUUUCUGUACAACUGCGAGAUGCAUUGGCAGAGGCAUUACAAGAAAAUCAAACAGAAUUUGCAGAACAACUCGCACGAUAUUUAGAUUGGACUAUUCGAGAAUGUGAAAAUGUACCGUCUGCAAACAACAAUAAUGAUGAGGAGAAGAGUUCACAUGUUAUUACAACUUCUUCUUCUUCUCAUCUUACUGGGAAUGCGAAUACACAUUCUACAUUAACUUCUCAAUUGCCUACACAAACCGUUUCUUCUUCAUCUGCAGGAGUCUCUUCUGUGGGGGAUACUGGUAGUUAUGAUACUCGUUUAAAAUACAUUGGGCGUAUUUAUUCUUUAUUUCCAUCUAAAGAAAUAUUUGAAUCUUUUUACUGGGUAGAUCUUGCACGGCGUCUACUUCACUAUCAACGUACACCUCGCAUUGAUAUUGAAGAGAGUUUCAUUCAAUGUCUAAAAGAAACAUGCGGUGCCGAUACAUCUAAGUUUGAGGGAAUGAUUAAUGAUGUGAAGACAUCACUGGUGUUGAAUGAACGUUACCAAUCGUGGGCAACGGAAAGAAUUGCAGGGGAACCGCAGCCGUGGCCACCACGGAUGGAAAUUGAUAAUGAAGAAGAAGAAGCAGCAGAAGUAGAAAAUGAAAAGGCGAAACAACAACAACAAAUGGAUAGGAAGAGAAAGAGAAGGAAUGAUAAUACAGAAGAAGAAGAAGAAAAAGAAAAAGAAGAAAAUGAUGAGAAUGAGGAAAGAGAUGAUGAAGAGUCUGCUGCUAUUCUUACCACGGCUCUCGCUAGUGUAGAUGUGAAAUUACACAUUCUCACAGAUAAUCACUGGCCAAAACAAACUCCAUUAGAAAUUAAAUUACCUCAACCCCUUCGUGCUCUUACCAGAGAUGUACAGAACUUCUAUCGCCAUUGCUUCUCUGAUCGUCGACUCAUAUGGCAACAUCAACUCUCCUCUGCAGUGGUAAAGUGUGCACUUGGUAAAGUUCGUAGACAAUUAACAGGUACACUUUUACAAGCUGCUAUCUUACUUGCCUUACAGGAAUUAAUAGAAAGAGGAGGACAAGGUCAAACAUCUUCGGUAACGGUAGGGGUAUUAUGUGAACGACUUGCUUUGGAUAUUUCUCUUCCAGAUGUGGUGAGUUCUCUGCUUGGAUUGUGUCAUCCAAAGUUUCGUCUUGUCUUGCGUGAAUCCGCUAAUACAAACUCUUCACAGGAGAACACAUCAAUUGUUCCUCCACUCGCUGCAGAGGAUCGAUUGCAGUUUAAUGAGGAUUUCUCUAUGAGUAAUAUGCGUUGUCGUAUUCCUCUCUAUGGAUUGAGACAACGCGGUGGGGAUACAGGAACAGGAGCAGAUGGAUUAGAUAAUGGUCCCAGACGCAGUGCUGAUGCCGUAAUGGCUGAUCGUUCACAUGUGAUUGAAGCCGCUAUUGUACGUUUUAUGAAAGAGAAUCACCGUGUGAGUCAUGAGGAUCUCUUUACAACGAUUCCAACACUUGUACGCUUCACUGUUGCGAUGCCUGUGAUGAAGAAAGUGGUGGAACGUCUCAUUGAACGUGGGUUUCUGGAGAGAAGUGGGGGAACCACAUAUACAUAUCUCUCGUAA